AUCACUUUUUAUAAUUAGAUCAGAUUGUAUACAUGGACCCGUCCUCCAAAAGUGGAGAAAAGAACCGUGAGGGACCAGAAAUCAGAGAUCAGGAAGAGGAGGAAAUCGAGGAUCAGGUUACUAGGCAUUCGAAUAAUGUAGAUGAAGUAGUAAAUGAGGUUGGUGGAAGUUGGAGCAAUGAAGAAGAAGAAAAUGACAUAUUUAACGAUGGAGGAGGUGCUGGUGGGGUCCACAAUGAAGUUGGAAUUGAAGACUUAAAUAUUGUCAUUGUAGACAGUGGUAUGGUAGAACUAGUGCUAGAUGUUCCUGAUUUGUCGGAUAAUGAAGAUGAGGAGACCAUUGAAGCUAGGACAAUUUUGAGAAACUUCAUAGCUUCUCAAGGUAAACCCAGCACUGAGAAUGAGCAAUCAGAAUCUAUCGUGGAAGUGGGAUCUUCUAGUAUUGUUAUUGGUGCAGGACAUAUUGAUGCAGUAGCAGAAAUUGAUGAUGGAGCAAUCCAAUCAGAUGAUGAUGUUAGCUAUAUUACAACAAGUGAUGAGGAUGACAGUGAAGUUGAACAUGGUAGAAGAAGAAAGGCUAUACAUCUGGUAUUCAAGGAACAUGAAGAUUGGCCUAUGAUAGGUCUUGGGAUGAUUUUUAUUAGCAAGGAACAAUUUAAAAGAGCUGUUGAUGAGUUGAGUUUUAAAGAAGGUAGACAAAUUAAAUGGGUGAAAAAUGACAAGGUUAGGUUGAGGGCAAUAUGCAAUGAAGCUAAGAAAAAAGGGUGCAGAUGGAAGAUUUUGUUGGCAAAGGACAGCCCAUUAGACUCUUGGAUGGUAAAAACUUUCCAACAAGAGCAUACAUGCAAUUGGGGUGUUGUGAACAAGAGAUAUACUUCACGCCAUGCAGCUAAGCAUUUAGUUAAUUCUAGAGGAGCAAGUUGUUUGUAUAUGAAUUAUGAUAGCAUCUUUCAAGCUAUUUGGAAUGAGAAGAAUAUUGAGCUAACUUCGGUGCAAUGUAAGAAAACAAAGCAGCAGUUGAAAAGGUUGUUUGAAGGCGCUUCCAAGGCUGAAUAUGGCAUGCUAUUUGACUAUGCUAAUGAACUGAGGUCAAAAGAUCCAGAAGCAAACAUUGUUCUCCAUGCUCAUAGACCCACAACAGAUGUUAACCCCACUUUUAUGAGAUUGUAUGUAUGUUUUAGUGCUUUGAAGAAGGGGUUUCUUGCUGGCUGCAGGCGUAUCAUUGGUGUUGAUGGUGCCUUUCUUAAAGGUGCUCACAAAGGAGAAUUGUUGACUGCAAUUGGAAGAGAUGCAAACAACCAAAUGUUUCCAAUCGCAUGGGCAGUUGUCGAGGGACUUAUUCAAGCAGUUAAGGAGAUUUUCCCUUAUGCUGAACAUAGAUUUUGUGCUAGGCAUAAAUACUGCAAUUUCAGGAAGAAAAACAAAGGCAAAGCAUUACAAAUUGCUUUUUGGAAGUGUUUGAAAUCAUAUAUCAUUGCUGAAUUCAACAAAGCUUUGGAUAAGUUAACCAAAUUAAAAGCUUCAGCAAGGAAUGACUUAUUAGAGUCAGAUCCAAAACACUGGUGCAGGGCCUUCUUCAAAACAGAUAUAAAGUGUGAUAUUGUUGAUAAUAAUAUGUGUGAAGUCUUCAAUGGUUUAUUAGUGGAUGCAAGACAAAAAGCCAUAAUUUCAAUGAAUCAAGAUUUGAGGAUAUUUUGUGGAAAAAGGACUGUUGCAAGAAGAGGAUUUGUUGAGUCCAAGUUUGUUGAUGAUUUCGGUCCUAGAAUAUGGGAAAAAAUUGUAGCUAAUGUCCAUGGAAGCAAGAGGUUCAGAUUAAUUUGGCCUGAUGGAAAUAACUAUGAAGUAAUGGAAGAUGGAACAAAUGGUUUUGUGGUUGACUUGGAGAGCAGAAAAUGUACUUGCAGGUCUUGGGAUCUCACAGGAAUUCCAUGCAAGCAUGCUGUUACUAUUAUUAAUGCCACCAAGCAAAAGGUGGAAGACUAUGUAGCCGAUUGUUAUAAAAAGGAGGCAUUCUUAGCCUCUUAUCAGUUUGAAGUUCCUACCAUUGAAGGAAUGAGUCAAUGGAAAAAAACUGGAAUGCCCCCUAUUCAACCACCAUUGACAAGAAAGAUGCUGGGAAGACCAAAAAAGAAGAGAGCCCCUCAAAAUGUAAAUGGCAAUGAAGAACAGGUUCCAAAUUCUGCUACUAUCCAGCAACCUGUCGAGCAACCUAUCCAGCAACCGACUCCUAUCCAGCAACCUACUCUUAUCCAGCAACUUGUCCAGCAACUCACUCCUGUCCAACAACUUGCUCAAGUCCAGCAACCCAAUAAGAGAGUCAAGCUCCCCAUUAGAAGGUCGUCGUCUUCAAAAGUUGCUCAAACCCCUCCUCUUGAUGGUACGUUAUCAAGUGAAGCAACUCUUGUCCCAAGUGAAGGGGAUACUCAAACUCCUAUCCAGCAUCCAAAAAAAAAUGCCAAGACCCCAGCAAAAAGGCAAAAGCAAAAGGGAGAGGGCAGUUUAGAGAGAGUUGGAACUGGUUACCAAUUCAUUACUACAAAGCAACUACAAGCACAAGCAAGACAGAUGCAGCAAGCAAGGGAAAUGGUGAAGAAGAAUAAUGAAGAAGCUUCACUUGGACGUUUUUAAAGUUGAAGAACAAAUCCAGCAACAAGAGUCUUCUUUUAAAUUCUAGCCGAAUUUCCUUUGAGAUGCUGUGUUGAUGAAGUUAAUUUUGCAUUUUCUUGUUUGUUUUUGACUAAGGAAGCAUGGUUCUGUUCUGUUAUUGACCAAUUAAACAUGGUUCUGUUCU